GAGAGCAAAUGAAAUUAAAAAUACAGUUUAGGAAACAAUGGACAAUUAAAAACUGGUAAGUCUUCAAAAAUAUCACUCGUAUCCAGAAAGAUCCUGCUUAGUGUUAAGCUACUUGCUUCCAUUUUGGAAAAAAUUGGUUUUAAAAAUUACAAAUCCAAAAUUUGAUCCACAAAACUUUUACAAUACUUAAAAAAAAAAAACCACUGAAAUUAAAGCUAUAGGAAGGAAAACACAGAGAUAUGCCUACUUACUUUCAGGUUUUUUAAAAGAACUCUGGUGAAAAAUUCAUUCAUUUAUUUUUCAACAUGAGAAUAAUGUACUUUAAACAAUGGGUAAAUGAAAAGACUAAGUCAUUAGCAAAGUCUUCUUCAUCUUUGGUUACGUAAAAUGAAAAUAUUCUAAUCGCCCUUCUUUGCUGCUGUAUUCUGUAACAGAAUAUGUGGCUCUCUCUCAUCCACCACUGCCACCUCCUCCUUCUGCUGCUCCUGGUACAGACAUGGUACCUUUUUUAUGAAGUGGAAGCUGAGGAGACUCAGGCAGUCACCAUGGACAACAAAAAGCCGAAGGAAGAAGUCAAAACUGAGAACAACAAUCGUAUUAAUUUGAAGGUGGCAGGGCAGGAUGGUUCUGUGGUGCAGUUUAAGAUUAGGAGGCAUACACCACUUGGUAAACUAAUGAAAGACCACUGUGAACGACAGGGAUUGUCAGGGAGGCAGAUGAGAUUCCAAUUCGAUGGGCAAUCAAUCAAUGAAACAGACACACCUGCACAUUUGGAAAUGGAGGAUGAAGAUACAAUGGAUGUAUUCCAGCAUCAGACAGAAAGUGUCUACCAAAAAGGGAACCUAUUUCUUUACUCCAGAAUUCUGUUCUUAUGGACCAAGAUUACAUUCUUAAUCAGAAAACGGCAAUUUGAUUCCACCACAUUCUGCUGACUAUAGUUUUCUCUAUUCUUUCACUUCCUCCUUCCCCAUUCCUUUACUAUACAUAAAGUAAUGGGAUAGUUUCACAAGCAUAUUGCAUUUUUUUAAACUAAACAGCCAAUAGGUACAUUCUGAUUGACAUCAGGUAGAGGUGAGAUGGGGAAAAAUACUGAUUCUGUGAAAAUACCCUUUCUCCAUUAGGGGCAUGUUCACUCAGCUAUCUUUACAUUUCAGGAAGUUAUUUUGCUCUGUUUUAACAACAAAAACAACAAAACAUAAAAAUCCCUGUGUAUCUUGUUCAAUUGGAGAAUUUUAAUGUUUUCAAUUUAUCAAUGCAAAACCAAGGACAAUUUUAUAACUUUUGUGUAGCUGUUACAUGUAGGGCAAUCUGUCUUUAAGCAGAUAUAAAAAUUACUCUUAAAAAAAAAAAAAAAGAAUCCUAGAUAGUGUUCCUUUCAAGUCAAGCAUCUUGAUGUUUAAAUAACCUUCUUGUUAAAAAAAAAAAUAGGGCUGGGUGCAGUGGCUUGGCACUUUUGGGAGGCUGAGGGGGGUGGAUCACUUGAGGUCAGGAGUUCAAGACCAGCCAACAUG